ACUAUCAAUGUGGAUGCUAUAUUAUAAUCUGUCAUGGGAGAUGGUAGGAGAUGGUAAGUGACGAAAAUCCCCAGAAGCAGAGGAUAACAUAAGCUAUCUCGAGCAGCGUAAGUUGUGUUUCUGCUACACUUUACAGACCAAAGUGGCUUCCCUCCGCUCUCAAAUAUAUAAGAUCAGAUAGUCAAAUUCAGCAGCAGGAACAAUAAUAGUAAUUGCAUUCUUGUUUUUCUUCGUGGCCCCACUUUGUUUUCUCAAAUGAAAUCAAGAAUCUGUGAUGGAAUUGGAAGAUACCCAGUUUGAGGCAUUUGACUGUUCUUGUUUUUGCUUCCUUUGGUAAUUCACCGUUUUGACUGCUAUUAGUGGGAAGUCAGAGAGACCCCCAAAAGCAGGGAGCAACAAGGGCGGCUAAAGCUUUGGGAUUUGGACCUCCAUUUUGCAUUUUAAAGCCUUUUUGUACUCGUCUCUGCCUCACUCCCUGCCUCAUUUGUUCCCACCAUCCAACCUUUCACCUUCUUCAAUACAGUCCAGCUGGGUUUUUGCACCCUCCUUGCUCUGCGUGAAUUUCUCCAGAGUGUCUCUCUUUCUCCGAGCUUAAAAAUUUACCUUUUGAGGAUUUUCCAAACCGUGAUAUACGAGCAAGAGCAAUCAUUCGCCCUUUAAAUGCAUUUGGAUUAGUGUUGCUCGUGUCAUUCGAGGUGUCAUGAUUCAACCAAGAGUCAUGUGCUUGUUGGAAUGUGACGCCUUAACACUCUAGGGCGAAGGUUUAUCUACAACUUUGGUUCUUUGAAUUCUAUUGGAGAGUGGUGAAGCUGCAUACAGAAGCUAAGGGCUCGAGGUUGGGACAUUUCUAAGAAGCUAAAAGGUGUGACCAGCUCUUAACCAUGCCGCUGUUUGAGCUCUUCAAGAUGGCUAAAGCUAAGCUUGACUCAAGCCUAGAGAAACCCACAUUUUCUUCAACUGAUCUUUCUUCUGUACCUGAAAACGAGCUUGUAGAGUUAACAUGGGAAAAUGGUCAGGUUGUGUUACAAGGUCAAUCUAGUCGAGCUAAAAGGAGCCCCUUCAGUAAUAAUUUACCUUCUAAUGGAUCAAAACCUAGAGAAGGAGCUUCAGGUGAUGAUACCAGACCCAAGUCCGGUAAGUUUAGGAAUCUUGAAUGUGGAUUAAGUGAAUUUCCAGUGACUGAACCGUCGAGUGACAUUGGUUUGGGACAGGAGGAUGACAUGGUGCCUUGGUUGAGUUUCCCUGUUACUGGAUCUUUACAGAAUGAUUACUGUUCUGAUUUCUUGCCUGAACUGACUGGAGUUGCAGUAAAUGAGACUUCCCCUGGAAAUGAUUUUGGGUCGAUUGACAAAAGUUCUAGUCAGAUAUAUAGGGAGUCCCGUGGCAUUGAUAAUGGUGUUCAUAGUCAGGGACAACCAAAUGCAUCGAAGUUUUCUUCUUCUGCAGCUGGCGAAACUGUAAUCGAUAGAACUAACUCCAGUCAACUGUAUUACUUGCCGAACCAGCAGUUCUUAUUGCCAUUAACGUGUUUUAGAUCAAGAGCCUUGGAUAAUGCGAGCACAAGUACAAGCAGUAGCACUUCCGAAGCUGUUUGUGGGGAUAAAGCUCGGUUGCCAACCUCUGCGGUAGUAUGUUCUACUGUAAAGGUGCAGAGGCAGGAUUUAGGGCAUUCAAGUAAGAGUUCCGGUUUUACGAAUUCCCGCAGUUUUUCACAACCUGCUUCUCUAUAUAGAGUUAAUAAUGCUGAGAGCAGUGACCAAACAGCUGGUUUCGGUUUGUCGAGUGCAGAUAGAUCAGUCAGUAAGGAAAAGGCUUCAUCUAUCGAUAAUUGCACCCUUAGUGGAUCAAAUUUUGCUGUCUCAAGCGAUGGUGUGCAGAAGCAGAGAAAGAUUGAUUCCUCAAAACCAUUUGACAGAAAGAAAUAUGAGCAACAUUUUUCUGCUGGGCACUCAGAGACUAUCUACCUGGAGAACACCUCUAAGAAUGCUAAGCUUUCUUGUCAAAAUUAUCAAGCAAGUAUUUGUAAAGGAUCAACUGAGGGUGAAAAGACCACAGAGCUUGUGGGUGGUUCUUCUUCCGUUUGCUCAGGCAACAGUGUGGAAAGAGUUUUAGAUGACCCCCAACGCAAUUUGAAGAGGAAAUCUCAUGAGACUGAUGAGUCUGAUGGUCCCAGUGAGGAUGUCGAAGAAGAUCCGACCCACAAAAAGAAGCAAAACCCUGCUCAAGGUACUUCAAAAAGGAGCCGAGCAGCAGAAGUGCAUAAUUUAUCUGAAAGGAGGCGAAGGGACAGGAUAAAUGAGAAAAUGCGUGCACUACAGGAGCUCAUCCCAAAUUGCAAUAAGGUGGACAAAGCUUCGAUGCUUGAUGAGGCGAUCGAGUAUCUCAAGACGCUUCAGCUUCAAGUGCAGCAGAUGAUGUCAAUGGGAGCUGGUCUGUACAUGCCACCUAUGAUGUUACCCACUGGAAUGCAUCCAGCACAAAUGCCGCAUUUCUCACCCUUUGGCGUUGGAAUGGGAUCAGCAAUCGGAUUUGGAAUGGGUAUGGUUGACAUGAACGGCCAUUCUUCUGGUCGACCAGUGGUUCAAGUUCCCCCAAUGCAAGGUCCACAUUUUCCUGGCCCACUGAUGUCAGCAGGGAUGGCGGGAGCGAAUCUCCAGAUGUUAGAUUUUCCUGGUCAAGGAAUUCCUUUACCGAUGCCUCGCACACCGCUAGUUCCUUUUCCUGGGGGCCCAGUGAUGAAACCUGCGGUGGGACUUGGUGCCUAUGGAAUACCGACUUCUAUGGAAAAUCCAGAUUCAACUGUUGCCUCGAGAUCAAAGGAAGCACCGCAGAACAUUAAUAUGGAAGCUCUGCAAAAUUCCGCUUCCAUUUGCUUGAAGAACCAGUCAUCCAGUCAGCAGUCUGCUGUGGCACAAAGUAGCUGCCAAACCUUGGAUGUUAAUGGAAGCAUGGCUAUUGAGUCCACUGGAAAUGAUGUUGAAUCGGCAAAGCAAGUUGCAGAUCCUGAUUUGUGAGUAGUAUAAAUUUUGUUAGAGGAGUGGAAUCUAAUUGACAGGCUACAGAUGCCGCUGCUUCUCUGCCUUCUCUGUGAAUAUAGUUUGAGGCGCCGAGUUCUUGAACCGAGGAGGUUGACGCUUAUAACAGGAUUUUGAAGUUUUUUUUCUCCCUUUAUUCUGCUUGUUUGUUUAGUGUAAAAAUGACCUUUUUUACAGUUUUGGCAUCUUUGGAAUGGUCUCUUCCACGAUAUGCAUACUCAGUUAAACCUCGGUACAUGAAAUAAAUGCUAAUAGAGGUGAAUCGGUGA